UUAUACCAAAAUUGAGAUGAACAAAAAAAAAGUAGCACCCUAAAUUAAGCUUAAUAAUCUACAAAUAAGCAUAUUCAAACAUAAUUCGUACCAUGAAAGAACUCAUUCUCUAAUAACGUGCCACGUGCAACAUAGUUAAGGUUUAAUUUUGAUAGAAGAUUGACGAAGAAAAGAACAAACAAGAAAUUAAUCUGACUUGUUCACCAUUAUUAAGCUGCUCCCAUUUUCUCUCUCCUCAUUUCCCCUCUACCUGGGCAAAUCUCCAGCUAAUUAUUUCCAUUUUUUUUUAAUAAUACUACCAGGUCAUCAGACAUGAGCUGCAUACAUUUGGGGUAAAUUUUUUUCUUUGGUUUGCCACAAUCGGAGAACAAGCAUUAUCAGUGAUGCGUUUACCAUUGACUGCUGAUGGAUUGACUGGAUAGCUUCCAGCAAUGGGAAAGUGACCAGAUUGCUUGUUAAUGGAGAUGAGAGCGAUACACAAAGGCACAAAUAUAAGUGCAAAGAACUAUGGAACCUGCUUCAACCUCUAGCUUUCCUCUCAGUAAAUAAUGCCCCUUCAACCUCUACGCCUUUCUAGGCGAUCUUCACCUAAAUUUGUUUUUAUCAUACUCAUCCUUGCCCUCUUUUUAUCCACUUGUUUGGUUGGAAUUUUUACCAAUUGCCAGAAAAUCGCCUAUUUUUUCCGUCCUCUUUGGGACAAACCACCUCCACCAUUUUCUCGUAUCCCUCACUUCUAUGCAGAAAAUGUUUCUAUGGAUCAUUUAUGUCACCUUCAUGGAUGGUCAGUCCGCUCUGAACCUCGACGUGUAUUUGAUGCUAUCAUCUUUAGCAACGAGCUGGACUUGGUUGAGAUUAGGUGGCACGAGCUCAAGCCCUAUGUAACUAAAUUUGUACUCAUGGAAUCCAACACAACCUUCACUGGCAUCCGUAAGCCUCUGUACUUUGCUUCAAAUCGUGCUCGUUUUGCCUUUGCCGAGAGUCAGAUUGCCUAUGGUUUUUUGCCAGGGCAUAUUAGAAGCCCAGAGUCCCACAAAAACCCCUUCAAGCUUGAGAGUGAGCAUCGGAUGGCUAUGAAUCGCUUAAUUCGACAGGCAGGUAUUCAGUUUGGUGACAUCCUUGUUAUGUCAGAUGCAGAUGAAAUUCCUAGCCCACACACCAUAAAACUCCUUCAAUGGUGUGAUGAGAUCCCACCUGUAUUACACCUCGAGCUGAAGCACUACAUGUACUCAUUCGAGUUCCCAGUGGACUACAGUAACUGGCGGGCUUCAGCCCACAUCUACGGUCCAUUAACACAUUACAGGCAUUCCCGGAUGUCUAAUAUUAUUCUUUCAGAUGCCGGUUGGCAUUGUAGCUUCUGCUUUAGGUACCUCCAGGAUUUUGUGUUUAAGAUGACAGCUUAUAGCCAUGCUGAUCGUGUUAAGAAGAAAGAGUUUUUAGAUCAUAGAAGAAUUCAGAAACUCAUUUGUAAAGGAGACAACCUCUUUGACAUGCUUCCUGAAGAGUACAACUUCAAGGAGCUAAUCAAGAAGAUGGGAUCGAUUCCACGUUCUUCUUCUGCGGUUCACCUUCCUGCCUAUCUGAUUGAAAACACUGAUAAAUACAAGUUUCUGCUUCCUGGUGGCUGUGUCAGAGAACAAGAAUAAAUUUUGUUACUUAUUUGAUAUUCUGGCUCUGAAAAUCCUUGGAAAUGUCAAGUGUAAUGGUGUUUUAGAAGUAGCAUUAGCAUUGAAGUAAGAAUAGCUGCAAGCCUGCUAAGUGUAAAAAUAGUACAGCAACAUGAAAGAUCGUCUUGCAGUACUAAUGCGAACAGCUUGAUUUCAGGCAGAGGACUGACAGUGUAUGGACGUAAAUCAUCAGGUGAUGAUGGACCAAGGCCUUAGUCCAAAAAAGUCGGCCUGUUGUGGCUUAGCUUGGGACAUCAGGGCGAGCUGGUUGAGUUAAGCUUGAUCACCUCUAACGGCAUUUAUUGAUAUAGAAGCAAGGAUCUGCUGAAGCCUUGUUAUUAUGGCAGGACUAAAAUUGUGUUGGUAUUUUCAUUUAUACGGAAUGUUUUGAUUGAUUUGAGAGUACGAAUAUAUGCUGUACCCUCAUGAGAGUAGGAUCGUAUUUGUUUUUCACAAUAUUAAUUCUUUCAUUUCUUCUUCUCUAUGACAACAUUUGUAAAAGAAAUUGAUUGUAUUUGAAUUGUAUUCUUGAGAAAAUAAAGCUCGAAAUUAUAUAUA